ACACCUGUUGCACUUCCCAGGCAGGCUCUCUAUUUAGCUGUUAUCCUUUACCUACCUGAGGAAAGAGCAACCUGACAGGCUCACCAUGGAUCCCAGGGAGGCCGGAGGGGGUGAGAAGGACAAGGAAAGGGUGCAAAAGAGAAGAAACCGGCCUGUGUUCCUGCGGUACCUGGAGAGAAGGAAGACGGACACUAUAGUGGCUGAUGACACAGCCAAAGGUGAUAUCAACCUGGGGACACUGGUGAGGAGGAGUCAGUCUGACAAGACGGAGUACAACGCUAAACUUAAAGAGAAACUGAUGCCACAUAACCUGUCAGCUCUCCCCUCUCCGGUGCUGGACAUUGAAGAGCUUAGGUCAAGGAAGAUGAGCCGCAGGGAGAAAGUGAUAAAGGAACUUGUGCAAACUGAAAAGGACUAUCUCACUGACUUGGAGCUUUGCAUCAGAGAAGUUGUCCAGCCUCUACGACUGUUACAGGUUGUGGAUGUAGACAGACUCUUCACCAACAUGGAAACGGUGUGUGAGGUGUCUGCAGCUCUUCUGCACAGACUACACGGGGCCAUGUCUGACCCGGAUCCAGAAGCAGUGGUCAUAGGUGAAGUGUUUAUCCAGGCAAAGGGAGCAUUAGAGGAUGUGUAUAAGAUUUACUGUUACCACCAUGAUGAUGCCAAUGUGUCACUGAAAGCCUACGAGAAGGAGGAACAAAUAAAGCAACAUUUUACUACAUGUAUCUUAGCGCUGAAAAAAAUCUAUGACCAAGAAGGAAAACCCAAUUUGCUGGACAUGGGCUCAUUGCUGAUCAAACCAGUCCAGAGGAUCAUGAAGUACCCAUUGCUUCUGGGAGAACUUUGGCAAGCCACUCCUGAAGACCACAUCGACUACCUGCCUCUGCAGGAGGCGCUCACCGCCACCAAGAUCAUAAAUGUUAACAUCAACGAGUUCCGGAGGCGCAAAGACAUAGUUAUGAAAUACAAGAGGUUAGAAAAUGAUGAAGGCACGCUGAGGGGAAAACUAAACAAGAUAAACAUUCACUCCCUCCGUAAGAAAGGGGACAGGUUUGCCGGUUACCUCAAGAUUCUUACUGGAGUGGAGCCACAGGUGAGAGAUGAAGUGUUUGAUAAGGAGGAGAAACUUUUCAGGAGUCUGGAGAAAGCUGUGAGGCAACUGGCCAAGAAUGUGAACUGCUAUGUGCAAUAUACUCAGGAAAUGGUGUCUGUAGCUGCCCAGAAUAUGAAGGACAUGGAAAACAUCAUCAAGGAUCCGAGCAAAGCAGACACGAAUGGCUUGUCACACAAGAAUGGCAACGACCCUUAUAAGCACUUUAAAGGCCAACUGGAGCGAUUGGUCCUGGCCCCCCUGACCUCCCUGCAGGGUAUGUUCACAGCACCUCAGAAGCUCAUCCAGAAGCGUUAUGACAAACUGCUGGAUUACUGCUGCCGCCUGGAACGCUCCUCCUCUGUUUCGUCCUCUUCCUCAUCGUCCACCUCUUCGCCAGCAUCAGAUCCCCCUCCUGGUCCCGCCAAGAGGGACUAUGAAGCCAUCAAUGCCUUACUAGUGGAGGAGCUGCAGAGGUUCAACAUGGCAGCUUAUAUCAUCUUGACAAACUGUGUGGUGUGUCUGGCAGCCCUGCUCAGAGGCCUGAUGGGUAACACGUUGGUUGGGGCUCCGGCUGUUCACCAGCUUCCUCCUCCACUGUCAAACAUCACUGAAGUGCAGAACAGCAUCAUGGACGAACUGAACAAUCUGAUGUUUGUAAAGGACAAUGCACAGAAGUUAAUGGAGAGAAAAGUUAGCUUUGAGAGGCAACGAGACAAGAAAACAGUGAUGAUGGAGGUGCAGCAUCAAACGGAGGAACAGCGUGCCUGGCUUCUGGCAGAGUACCCGGCCAACCGCCUCUACCAGCUGAAGAGGAAGUGUAAUGGCUGCCAGGAACAGGACCUGAGCCUGCUUGAGGGAGAGCUGGUGGCCCUGCUGGAGGAUACAGACCCUUUAGGAAGCAGCAGCCGUUGGUUGGUCCACACCGGAGGGGACCAGGGCUAUGUCUACUCGACCUUCCUGAAGCAAUACAACCCUCUGAGGGACUCCCAGCGGGCAAACCAGAAGGCCAAAGAGCAGCAGCAGCCCCUUGUCAUUGCAGAUGAAGACUUUGACGACCUCAGCCUGUUUGUGUCACCCAGCAGCAGCAGCAGCCUGCGCAGCAUCAGCCUGAACACCAUGGACAGCAACUCCACCCUCUCAGGUCUGCAGGGAGAGCUGGAGAACACUGAGGAACUGGAGGAGUCGGUGGAUGAUGACACCCAACAGUAUUAUGCCGUGUAUGCAUUUCAAGCCCGAUGUGAACAGGAGCUUUCCCUGCAGGAGUACCAGCACGUCCGCAUACUCCAGUUUUGUGACGUGGGAGGAAACAAACAGUGGUGGUUGGCUGAGUCCAAUGGGCAGAAGGGUUAUGUCCCUGCUAACUACCUUGGAAGGAUGUCCUAUGCAUGAAUCUAGAAGGCCUUGUUUCAAAUACAGUUUUAUAAGAAAAACUAACAGGAAAAAAAAAACAUAUACCCCUUAUUUCUUACUAAAAGCUGAUUAAUAUAGUUAGGAUUUCAUUUGAAACUUCUGCAGUAACAUUGAUCUGGAAAAUUAUGAAUAUUCAUCUAUUUUGAGUUUAAUAUCGAGGCCUUUUGUGAAAUAUGGUCUUCAAGAAGAAAUUUGUUGCUCUAAUGCAUCAGAUUUUAAUGAAUACAUAAUUUUUUAUGUAUUUAAGAAGAGGCCUAAUUAGUGAGCCAUCGUUUGGCAGUAAUGGUUUCUUUAUUUCAGCAAGUUGGCUCAGGCACCCCUAUAAUUUUAGAUGUUCGUCAUAAUCUGUAGCCAGGACAUGAAACUUUCAUUAUUUUCAAAAAUAAUUUCCUACUCUAAAUUGCUUAUGCACAAAGGUCUCGUAUGCGCCAGUCUAUCUUAUCAAAGACACCUGUCUGUUUUUGUUGUUUUUUUUUUAAUGUUGGAUAUGAUUCUUUUAAACACGAUGGCCUGUAUAAUUAUUGGCAGUGCAGGUAAAGAUGCGUUUAAAAGAGCUAAAAUAAAAGGCUGAUGGAUGGACCACAGACGGAUGGGUGUCAAUAGUUGCUCUACUAAGUAGGGGUGCACCGAUUGUUCAGCCGGCUGAUUGAUUGGUGUCGAUGUCCUUAAUUUUCCGAGAUCUGCUAUCAGACGAUACUUAGAUGUGAAGCCAAUCUUAUCCACCGCUGUAGAAGUCUGAAAAUUACCAAAUGUUUUUGCUGUAGACCUUGAUCUAUAUUUGAAAGCAGACGUUUUUAUUUUUUUCACGGUACUGAUGAAUGUUUUUCAAUAAGAUAAGAUUAAAAUAUUGAAGGUACAUUAAUGUCUGAUUACAAAAGUGAAAAUCGGAAUGAAUAUGUCGGGCUUUGUAAAGAUCAGGAAUGAUCGGCCAGAAACCUGCCAUCUGUGCACACCUAAUACUGAGCCAAGUUUUGCAGAUUGUUUUUGUUCAUCAGCCUCCUCAAUGUGAAUUGAUGAAAUGAGGUACUCAUCUCUUCUUUUUCCUCGCUCUUCCAGUUAUUUUAUCAUUGAUCUGACUGUAGAUAUGGGCAGGUUAAGGCAGCUAGCUAUAUUAAUAUACAUUUACAGAUCAUGAUACAUUUGUCUAAUUUUCAUAGGGUGUUCACUUUCAUUCUGAAGAGAGGAUAAGACAAACUCCAGUGUCAGAUCAUUAUUAUAGCAGAGGAAACAGCCACUUGAAGGUUAAGAAUUAAAAUAUAAAACCUCCUGGUCUAGUUAAUAAUCUCCAGGAAUUUCUAGAGACGCCAUUGAGAGCAGGGCUAUUUUUCAAAAAGGAUUUGUUCCCUACAGAAUGAACUCAAACUGAAAGGUUUUAAUUUUCAGAUUCAUAUCAAACUGCUGCAAAAACAAUACACUUGUUUGGAUUGUUUAUUUUUUAAGUACUGGUAUACAUUUUCUACUGGUGUAGAAAGCACUACAGGUUUACGUUUUCAGUUUAACGGGAGUGCUUUUAUUUAAAUAAAACAUGAUUCCCCACGAUGUGUUGCUAUCUAAAAUCCUUCAGUCAUAUUGUUUAUGUUUGGUACAAUACAUCCACACUAUUACAGCAGCAUAAAUGAAAAUCACUCAUUCCUCUCAAAUACAGUGUAAACUUUAUCAUAGUGGGUUUUUUAAUGUUUUGUAAGAAGAAAAAGCUCUAUAAACAUAAAUAUGUUGACGUUCUGCUUUGUGAAUGCUUAAACUGCACCUUUGUAAUGUAGACAUGUUUUUGCCGCCUUGUUUAACUGCUCUUUGAUAUGAAUGUAGCGCAUGAACUCACCGUUGGUAUUUAUCCUGUCAUUUGGGUUGGGAUAUGAGGUGAGAUGGGUAAUCGGAUGGAACUGCAGUGCACUUUGCUGAGCACUUUUUGUACCUCAGUGUUGUUUAUAUUGAUGAAGUGACAUAAUCAUGAAGUAAAUUUAAUAUGUCAACUGAUUUAGAAGUGAUUUAUAUAAAUGAAGUAGAAUAUGAAGAAUAUUUUUAUGAUCUAUCCUAGAUGUUUUAUGACUUGUAUCGUUAUUUUUUCUGAA